AUGCUCGCGGGUUCCGGUCGCCCUCGUAAGGCAUGCGGUCAGUGCAAGACCCAAAAAGUGCGCUGCUCUGGUGAGCGGCCGAGCUGCAAAAGAUGCACUCGCCUGAGACGAACCUGCACAUAUGCUUCAGUCAUUGUUUCGGGCCAUGCACCUUCGCAGCUGACAAAAUCGACAUCAACACCUGAGUUGAAUGCUUCAGGCGAGUUCGAAGGAGGCCAGUUUUCACAAGGACGGGGUCAGGAGGCGUGUGCCCAGAUUCUGCGUAUGCCGUAUGAGGAAUCAAUCCCCACGCUGCCAGCCCAGGACCAUUAUCUUGGGAUUCCGAGAACACUCUUGUCGAGCCUGAUCGAUGUCUUUUAUUCCCAUGUCUACAACGCCUCGCUACUGCUCCACAAACAAUUGUUCUUGCAGUCACUGACAAGGCGUACUGCUCGGCCUCAUUUGGUACUAAGUGUCUGUGCCUUCGCCGCAGUCUUCUACCGGGAUGCAAAUAGUCAGACUUCUCUUCUAGACAAUGGAUUUUGCAUAGAAUGGGCGGAGCGUGCAGGCAAACUAGUUCUUCAAGAGAUCGAGACCCCUCAUGAAGACAAUGUUGUGACGCUGUUGAACCUUGCUCUGUUUUGGUACAGUCGCGGCGAAUGGCGCCGAUGCUACGUUCUCAAAGGUAGUUCCAAGUUGCCCCUUGAGGAUCUCGGACCAGACCGACUGGGUAGUGAAAAGUAUCGAACUGGAACUGGCUUGGAUUCUGAGAUCCUAAGGCGCCGCUUUUGGGCCCAUUAUCUCAUGAAUUGUCAUUCCGCAGAAUCUGCAACAGCAGACAGGCCUUCUGAGAGAACCUUGAAGCUUCCUCUCCCGUGGCCGGAGGAAGACUUCGUUGCAGGUAUCGCCGACGUUACACCGAUCUUUCUAGAGUGUGGCUUUAGUAACGGAAGUCUCUACGCGGAACUGAGUCGCUCGCUUACUUUGCACGAGGUUUCUGUUCUGAUCAGAACACCUCAACCAAAUGUCUCCACAAGGAUGUGCGCAAUCUACGCCCUAGAUGCCAAAAUAUCACAAUGGUGGUCGAAGCUCCCGGACCAAUUCCAGGUUACUCCUUCGAAUAUUUCAACCAUACCUACAGGCCUCUUACCGAAAAUCCUUCUCAUGCAAACUGUUUACCGUCAAUGCUUGACUGCCAUCCAUGCUUCUAUAAUUCCUCUCUUCUCAUGGAGCACAGAGGAUGAUGCUUGGCCGGCCGCUCGACGUCUCUCCGCCAUCGUCGCAUUCGACCAUGCUCGUGAGGCCUCCACAUUGUUUGAGGCGGUUCUCAAACAUUAUCCCGAACCUAGUGCCAUCCCAAGUUUCGUGGCCUACGCCGCAUACUGUGGCUGUGCCAUCCAGGUGCCCUUUAUUUGGUGCUGCGAGCAACCAGUCAGAGAAAGUGCCUAUGCGAAUGUCAAAACUAACGCUGCCAUGAUUCGCGUGUUAGCAAAGCAUUGGAAGUUUGCCGCGAUCCUGGAAGUUCACCUCCGUUACAUAUACAAGAUUCAUUCCAGAGCCCCUUCUUUCCUUGAGAAUGAGCCAAAGUAUUUAGAUGCAAGUAAAUUGAAAGGGAUCCGCAUGCAUAGCACUCGCGCCAGAGACUCCAUACUUGGCCACACUCACAUACUCUGGAGCGAAAACGGUGACUUUUUGAAAAAAGGCGAGGUACCCAGCCUGGGUGCCGAAGGAGAUAGUCUUCAGAGCUCAGCUGGCCAAACAGGAGUUUUGUCAAAAUCAAAGCCUGCUUCAGUCGAUGAAGACGACGAUCCAAUCUCAAUAACUGCUGAGCUCGCGCAAAGUCACCCAGAUCCAGAACUCUCGUACAUGUCGUUCAACCCAUCGACGGGCACUGAUAUUUACUCUGAGCACAUCCAAGAUCUCUUUCAUCCAUUUCUGGACCCAGAGAUGUUUAUUCUACCCGACGGAGAGUUGAUAAACUUCUCCCAUCUCGACACAAGUCCAAUGAGCUUGAACUUCCUGGACGGGUGGGCACCGGGAAUGGACACAGGCUUUCCAGAAGUCCCACCACAGGUCGACGACAGAACUGAAUAUGGCUAA